ACACCCCGCAGUGAGCAACUCGUCCAGAAUUACCGGGAUUACUCAGUUCAAACAACAUGGGGUAAUUGACCUGUAAAUUCGACAAAAGGCGAUCGAGGGCUGACAGCGGCAUUAUGAUUUUAUCGCCCUUUUCGAGAUGUUCCUUGUUGAUGACGGAAACAGGGUAACAACGGUAAAGCUGCUCAAAGGAACUAGAAUUACUGCUAGGUUCUUCAGGAUCGCUGCCAGGCUCUUCGGGCUUACAUCCAAGUUCUUCAACAUAUCCACCACGGAAUCCGGAAUCACUGACAUGAUCUUCUGAAGAAUUCCUACUAAGUUCUUCAAUAUAUUCGCCAUAGAAGUCGGAAUCACUGACAUGAUCUUCAGAAGAAUUACUACUAUGGUCUUCAGAAGAACUACUGCUAUAGUCUGCGAAGGAUUCACCGACAUCUUCAGAAUCAGAUGAAUCUCUGCUGUAGUCUGCAGCAUCAACAAAGUCGUCAUCAGAUGAAUCGCUGAAGUAGCCUUCAGAAAUCAUAUUUACUGCGUCCAUGAAGUCGCAGCUGGAUCGUCUCCUUGUGAUUUUGAUGGAUAGAUUGGCUGAGGUAAUUCUGGUUUCUUGCGGCCUAAGGAACUGAGACUCUAAACAGCUAGGGCAAAGAAUAGUGCUUUGUCUGAUGCGAAUUGAUGAGAUGUCUGAAAACGAAUGCGGCCUCCCUUGUACUUAUACACAAUUCAAAACCAAAUCCUGUAAGGAUAAGAAAACCCUAAUCUCACUGGAGAACCCUAAUAUUUGAAGAAAAAAGAGAAUGAAGUCUUAAUCUUAGCCGUCCAUAAUCCUUUAAUUGGUAGCUAAUCUUCUAAUCGUAGCCGUUCGUAAUUCUUUUAGGGCUUUUCGCCAUCUGAUAAUUAAGUAGCUAAACAAACCUGGUAUGGAAGGUGCGGUGGUGGAUUAUUUCACUAAGUUAUUUGAUUCAAAUGGUGGGGAAAAUUUAAAUAUGGUGUUGGACCACAUUACACCCAGAGUUACCGAUGCGAUGAAUGCUGAUCUUCUUCUUAUUGUCUCCAAUGAGGAAGUUAAGGAAGCACUGUUUCAAAUGCAUCGGACCAAGUCCCCAGGUCCGGAUGGCAUGUCUCCUGGAUUCUACCAGAAACAUUGGGAUGUGGUAGGCGUUGAUGUUUAUGAUGUCGUUCGUUCGAUGCUGCAGUCAGGUUGCAUGCUCUGCAAAAUUGACUAUACGCAUGUUACCCUGAUUCCGAAAGUAAAGAAUCCAACGGAGAUGUCUCAAAUGCGUCCCAUCAGUUUCAAUCAAGGAUAGAUAGAAAGUCAACUGUUGUAAUCCUAUAUAUUAGGCACCUUCUUGUAUACUGCCUAUUAUGAAUGAAUAACCAAAUUCACAGAACGCUCAAUUUCAAGAUGGUACCAGAGCACCGAUCCUGGUGACUCUAAAACCCAAAUACGCUUCCGCCACGACAAGUGUCCACAACACAUAUUCCUUCCAACAAGCAACGCCACCAUAGCAAUGGCAGAAUCAACUAUUUCUUCCAGCAAACCAGUGAUCAAACCAGUCGAGAACUCUACUGAGAUCUCUGACCCAUAUGCACUGCAUCAUUCGGAUCAUCCGAAUCUUGUUCUUGUCUCCAAACCACUGGAAGGAGAUAAUUACAGUACAUGGAGUCGUGCCAUGCGCAUCAGUCUAAGCGCGAAGAACAAGAUUGGCUUCAUCACAUAAGACAUUGAAGCACCAGCAGAAACCGAUCCAAACUUCCCUUCAUGGCAGCGCUGCAACGACAUGGUAAUAUCCUGGAUCCUAAAUUCUGUACACUCAGAUAUUGGGAACAGCGUCAUGUACACAAACACGGCAGCGAAGGUCUGGGAAGAAUUAAGAGAACGUUUCUCUCAAGGAAACGACUCGAGGAUUUACCAAAUAAAAAGGGACAUCGUGGAGCAUAGACAAGGGCAGCAGUCAGUUGCUGUCUAUUACACUAAAUUGAAGGCUAUGUGGGAUGAACUUUCCUCCUACAACGAGGCUGCAACCUAUUCUUGUGGAGGAUUGGAAACGCUCAGAAAGAGAGAAGAUAAGGAAAAAGUCAUGCAAUUCCUCAUGGGAUUGAAUGACAACUAUUCAGCCAUUCGUGGCCAAAUUCUUUUGAUGCAGCCCCUCCCUGAUACAAGGCGGGUUUAUUCUCUCGUUCUCCAACAAGAAAAGCAAGUUGAAGUGUCUCACAAUCGAGAUAGCAUCAGCCAUCAUGCCAUGCACGCUGCGAAUAAUGGAGAAUUGACAAAUCAAGCACAUCAGGCUCAGAAAAGGAGAACUCCACUCCACUGCUCCUACUGUGAUCAGGACAGACAUAGCAUUGAAACAUGCUAUUAUUUAAAUGGUUUCCCUCCCGGCCACAAGUUCCAUGGGAAAAAUGUCAAACCUCCCAACCAAAGACGUUCCAAUGCCAAUCAUGCAAAGGCGACAGACGCAAACAAACCUGCAGACAGCAGCUCCAAGUCCUCUUCCUCUAUUGAUGGUCCAAGGUUUACCACUGAAGAAUACAACCAAAUCAUGGCAAUGCUUCGGAAAAACAACGAUGGUAACGCACACCACUUCGCGAAUGUUGCAGGACGCGUCUACGAGGAGGAUGAUUGGCCUGGGCAAGCGACAUAACGACCUCUAUUACCUCACACCAGAACAGAACCCUAAGCUCGCCUACAACAUCCUCCACCAUUCCAACCUUUGGCACCAACGACUAGGACACCCAUCCAUUGGACCCCUCCAAGUUCUUUCAAAAACGACCUCAGACAUCCAUUUUGAUUCAAAGCAUGUGUGUGAAAUUUGCCCUUUAGCAAAACAAACUCGCUUGUCAUUUCCAUCCAGUUAUAUUUCUACACUUGCACCUUUUGAUUUAAUCCAUUGUGAUAUUUGGGGACCCCAUCGAAUAAAUUCACAUUCCGGUGCUCGUUAUUUCUUAACAAUUAUUGAUGAUUUCACUAGAUAUACAUGGAUUCACCUUAUGAAAUUCAAAUCCGAGACACAAACACUAUUGCAAUCAUUUAUUUCUUGGGUACAAACACAAUUCAAUUGCAUAAUUAAAACUCUUCGAGCCGACAAUGGCCCAGAAUUUGUCUCCAUGCAUCCAUUCCUUGAAAGCAAAGGUAUCAAUUUUCACCAUUCUUGUCCAUCAACCCCACAACAAAACGGGGUUGUCGAGAGAAAGCACCGUCAUCUUCUAAAUGUCGGUCGAGCUCUUCGUUUUCAAGCUAACCUACCAUUAGAAUUUUGGGGAGAAAGCAUACAAACUGCUUGCUAUUUAAUUAAUCGAUUACCAACACCUCUACUUUCCCAUCAAACACCAUAUGAACUCCUUUAUAAAAUGGCACCCACAUACACACACCUACGUUGCUUUGGGUGCCUAUGCUAUGCUACCAACCUUUUGCCCAUGCAUAAAUUUGACCAACGAGCACGUCGUUGCAUUUUUGUAGGAUACCCUCUAGGUCAAAAGGGAUAUAGGGUUUAUGACCUCUCUACACGCAAAUUCUUUUCAUCCAGGGAUGUUGUUUUCUAUGAACAUAUAUUUCCUUUUGAAACUCUACCACCUCAGUCCCAACCUGAUGCCACAGUCCUUCCCACACCACAACUCCUAGACUUUGAUAACAACCCUACACACUUCCCCACGCCAAGCCCUAAUGAGCCUAUAGCUGCAUCCCCAACCAUCCAUGCCUUUGAUAUCCCUCAUUCACUAGCACCACCUACCUCAGCCCCACCUACUCCAGCGCCACCCACUUCAGCGUCUACCUUAAACACCCCAUCGCCAUCAUCUCCACCACUUGGCUUGUAGCCGACACCACCACCAAACCCCCCACUUCGUCAUUCUUCACGUGUACCCAAACCCAAUGUUCGACUUCACGAUUUCCACCUUUACCAUGCAUCCACUGUCGCCCCCA